AUGUCGACGACUCUGGAUCAUGGGUUUCUCUCGGCGACCUAUCGCCAAUACAAGAAGGAUACAGCAUACAUUGCCGGUUGGCUAGUGGAAGCCUCAAAAAAGAUCGGUUUCAGUCUCAGUAGUAUACAGGCGUCUGCGCCGUCAGAGUCUCAACGCCUAAAAGGCAAAGAUAGGAAGAAGGCCAAAGAGGCUGCCAAAAAGCAGCCCUCUGAAUAUCACAUCAGGACCGUCGACUUCGUACCUAUCGCCGAGGCUAUCGCAAAACAAGUCAAGAAAGUCAAAGUACCAUCUCCACUGCUGACAGUGUUCGGUAGAGCUAUCAAAGCUAGAAAAGAGGCACAAGCUUAUUACGGAUCAAAUCAACUUGCAGAUGAAGGACAUCAUCACUUCAUCAACAUACUGUCACGAGUUCAGGAAAUCUUGCGCCCUUUAGCUCCUGUCACCAAAGUCACCAAGCCAGAGAAGAGCGAUGGUGUCCAUAAUCGAUUUACGAAGCUGCCGGUCGAAGAAGCUGCCGACACCUUGUCAACAGAGGAUGUGAAACCAGAACCCAAGUUACCGCCGGUUGUCGCAGCGGAGAUCGAGCAGAGUGACGAAGACGCCGAAGAAGAGUUCUUUUUCGCAAUACAUCUGUUUCUCAAAGGGAUCCAUGAAAUUCAAGAGGUGGUACAAGAUUCCUGGUUCAAAUCAACGGACUUUACUCGGGACUACAUUUUGUCGGGUCUCCUCAGCAAUACCGCGAUAGAUCUUGUCAGACGGGCUGAGGGCGAACUGGACCUUCUUCUUAAGCGUCCCUCGAAAUACCCAGCAUCAAAGUUCCCUGUGUGGUGCCUCCCUGCGCUCCUAUAUCACCAUUACCGACCGUUGCCAGAUGGUGUCAGUAUUCAGAACUUAGUGGUCCCCUCGGAUGUUACCGUCAAGGCAAACAAGGACGACUACGAUAAACUUCACGCUAACUGGUGUUUCUGGCCCGUCUACACAGGUCUGCGAUUCUGUGUGAACCGUGUCAAGAAAUUCCCGUAUCUUGACGCUAACGAAGAGGAGCUUCAAGCGAUUGGUGCGGAUUCGGUCACGGACAUCAUGCGGACGUUCAAACUUGCCAAAGAGUUCCGAGUAUACACCUCAAACCAGAAUCGGUUCUGGGCACAGGAUGAAGUCACUCGCGGUAUGAAAUUGAUGUUCACAGAUAAAGUCAUCCCUAUCUGGGUGACGUUUGGCAUCCAGACCCUUCUCGACAUCCAGGACAUCAUGGACUAUCGAAUGGGCGAGGGCGAGGGCAACAAUGUCCCGUUCAAUAACAUUCGACUUGUGGAGCACGCCGACAUUCCUGCCGUCAAGUACAAUCCCAUACGUUGCGGUUUGAUCAAGUACGAUUUCUACCUCCAACUACAUGCUUGCGGGUUCUACACCGAGAAGCUCAGUGGCCUUGGAAAAUUGCUUUAUCCGGACGAUCCUGCUUGGCCUGACAUGGAAUACGUCCUCUACUCCCAAGAUCCAAAUCACGUCUUCUACGGCGGGAAACCCAAGUCCCUUGACGAGGCAUAUCGCAAACUCAACCUUGCUUAUGGCAACAAACUGCCGCGCGCGAACGGCCGUGGAAAAUCCGAGGCGAAAAACACAAAUCGUAUGUUCCAGAAGACGAGCAUAUUAAGUCCGGUUCUGGAGGAUCGGAUGACCGGAUGGAGCGACCACACCAACGAGUCCGUGGACGAGCUUGCCGGUAACCUCAAUGUCUUGCUGUGCGACAAAGCCGAACAAGGGAAACUAGCACGCCAGUUGGGCGCAUCACCGGAUUGGGUUGAAAGUGAGAUUGACACUCGCCGAAUCGUUCGACUGUUCGAGGAUGUUCCGGCAGAGGGCUCUCCUGUGCUGCUUCGCGAUUUGUCUCUCUUCAUAGAAGGCGAGAUGCAGAAUGUGUACUUCGACUGGAUUUCGAUGUACAUGAUCUGCGGAGAUAUCUGGAAAGACAUUCUAUCGGCACUGGCCGGAGACCCUAUUCUUGAGCCGCUCAUGUACGACCCGCAUCCAGGCAUAGGCUUGCAUGUCCUCAAGCUGGCCGCGGAAUAUGAAGACAGGCGUGGCAAAAUUGAUUUAGAUGACCCAGAGUUCGCACCACAACUUCGAAAAGUAUGGGCCUGCAUCCAGGAAGCCAUUCGCAAACCUUCGAAACACGAAUACAACGAGCCGCAUAAAGGCCGCAAGGUCUGGGUCGGCGACGAGUGUCUGGCACAGCAAUUUUCUCGCAAUCACUUGACGGUAGCUUGGCAGCUAAUCGCUAGCAACACUUGUCAGCUGUUUGGCUUUUACGAGAAUUGGGAAUCUGAAGAUAUGCAUAAAAGUGCCGUGCUGUCGAAAAUUCAUCAUCACCAUUCCUUGAACGACGUAUAUCGCGACCGCGAAAUGGACCUACUGUUGGUAGGCCUCCGCGCGGAGUGCCUAAAAGAAAAAACUCACAUCGAAAAACGCUGUGGACGCUGUCGCCGACGGAACUUCUUCCUUGAGCAUUAUGGCUCAGUCUCCUCGCUCAGAGGCACGGAAAUAGUCGACAGACAAUUGGGACUGAAGUACCACGGGAAAGACGCCAAGAAGGUAGAAGAGGAUGCGCCGCUCAAGGCCCUGGCCAGAAGCAUGUUUGGGAGCAGUGACGUUCCAUUUGUCGACGGCGACGCUGAGGCGGGGUCUGAUUCUGACUCUGACUUUGACAAGGGUGAGGUCAUAGCUGAGGAGGGCUACGCAAAGAUCAGAAGUACAGCAGACGGAAAGUACCAGGUCGAGAUGCCGAUCAGGGCGAUGUUUUCUAAACCUGGUAUUUGGGAGUGUCUGGCUAGCUACUAG